AUGGGCAAUGUGGCCACCCGAAAACGUCCUGGGUGCCAUCAUACUGCCAGAAGUGAUGAGAACGAAGAAGAAGAAGAUGGACCAGCCAGGAAAAGAUUGAGGAUUGCAGAAAAUCAUACAGAAAAUGAAUAUCAGAAGCUCGCCUUCAAAUCCCGUCUACAAAAACUCAAGAAUUGUCGGCCCCAUUUAAAAAGGAGAACAUACAAAGUUGAAGAAGGUGAGAUCGGCAUGCCAACAGGAGUAUUAAUUCCUGAAUCCCAUUGUUUACCCACUUUUUCAUGUUUGUGUGUGAGCAUAGCUCACCACCACUUUUUGAUAUUGAUAAUGAUCCGUGUCCGUCGGCACUUAAGAUCAGAUGAGAUGAUUUGUAGUCCGAUCCUCGUCCUCCGUUACCCAGAUUCAUUGUGGACGACUACGACAACUAUGAAAAACCUGAAACUGCGAAUCGAAAAGAAUUUGCUAUUCCAUGGUUUGAGCAUCUUUUCCUGCCUGAAUUCCCAACAAGAAGUGUCAUCAAUGAGAAGAGUUUUAUUCUGGAACGCCAAUUAG